CAAGCGCUGUCCGACGGACCCUCAUUGGUUCCAGAUGGCAGACCCUGUGUCAAUGAUUAACUCUGGAUGACCCAGUUUAUUGGCCAAAUCAUUCCUAGGAGGACAGGAGGAGGGUGUGGGAGACGGUCACAUCUAGUCAUCCGCUGUCCAUGGAGACAGAAGAUGGACGCGAAGUCGCUGAGCGCCCUGUCCUCCCUAUGCAGGACCGACCCGCUGUACUCGCGCUGCGCAGCUGAUCUCAUGAGCGCAUCGCACAAGGUGAUUGGGGUCUUUCUGAAAGAACAGGCAGACCUGACUCAGACUUUAAAGAAACUGGAACACCAGAAGGUGACACGCAUACGGCAGCUCAACGAAGAGAAAAAACAGUUUGCUAAGCUUAUGAGGAAGAGACUUGCCCAAGGAAAAAUCUACGCCCAGGCCCCGUGCUCGAGAUCUGCCUUUUCUGCUGAGCGAAUGGGGAGGAGUGUUUUCCCAGACUUCUCCAGCAGUGGAUACAAGAAAAGCCGUGAGAGCAGCUCAAGAAGUGUCCGAUCAGAUUUCCUUUCGCAUUAUGGUUUUGAAAAUAAAUCAUCAGAUUCUGCGGUCAAGAAAAUGACAGUGUUGCAGGCUCACUCAGUUACUUCCAGAGUAAAGUGUGUCUGCGAGUGUGGAUGCCCCUGUAAGUUGAUCCAAGAAAGUGCAAGCAGUCUGCCUGCUCCAAAGCAGCUCUAGAAGACAUUUUACAGACCUGUAAUCUUUAAGACCAUAAAAAUAUGUUUAUGUAAAUUUAUAAUUCCUACAUUAGCAGGACCAGUUUACAGGAAUUCAAUUUUGGAGCACAUUAAAGUACACGUUACGAAGAGGAGGUUUGGUUUAAAGUAAUGUCAUCAUGUGAUGAGAAUGAACCCAAUAAAGCUUUGAGCUAUUGAACUGUCCUCUCCUUCAAUCAAAUAUAAAGAACUUGUUGGGGCUUUUCUUUAUUUAACAGCUGAGAUCUCCCCUGUAGUGGCUUCAAGGUAAAUCAUUUAUUCAAUAGAUCUGACAUCUGAAAUCUGAGUUCUCAAUGACAAAUGCUAGAUGAAAUUCUUCUGAUUUUUUUUGGCAGUUGGCAAACCAACAUAAGGAACAUUACUGCCAUCUACUGACUUGCAGUGUCGAACGGAGACUCGGAAAUGUACCCUAACUUUAAAGAAGAACAGCAAAAAAAAAAAACUAAAAAAAUAUCAAAAAGUCAGAUGCUUUUAAAAAAAAAACCUCAAAACAUUUAAAUAUAUUUUUACAACACUGACCUAAUAUACUUUCAUGGUAAUUAACUCCAUUGCUUUCAAUUAAGAUAUUUCCUUGAAUGUACUGCUUAGG